AUGGUCAGCUGCGUAGAUGGAGUGGCUUACCCGCACCCCUGCAGCGAUGACUCCACCUGCGCCAUGUUAGAUAUCUUCGGCGGGGGCGUCUGCUAUCCCGGGCAGCCCGAAGGAUGUUCUUGCUCUCAGGCCAAUAGCUUCCGGAUUGACAACUAUGACUCCAAGAAGUUCUUCUACUGCAACGACUCUGGAGCUGCGCCGCAGAUGUAUCAGUGCCCGGAGGAGAUGAUUUUCGACGAGACGACGAUCCUGUGUGUUAACGAGGAAAAACUUCCCGAAUGCGAACGGUCGGGGAUGUUUGCUAUCGCGAGCAACUGCAGCCAGUACUACACAUGCAUUGCAAGCAAAGAUGGCUGGAUCCAGAAGGCCCUCUCCUGCGAGACGCCCGAUUUCAUGUACAACGAGGCGUCGGGCAAAUGCGAGGACCCAUGCAGCUGGAACGACGGAGAGUUCUCGUGCGAGGCAGAGGGCCGCUUCCCCGACCCCAGGGACUGCCAGCGGUUCUUCGAGUGCAUUGCGGUCGGCGAGGGAUACCGGGUCUUCUCCCGCGAGUGUCCCGCCGGAUUCCAAUGGGAGAGCGAUGGCCAGGGGGUUGGCAAAUGCACCAAGGCAGCCGGUGACUCUUCAUGCAAAGCAUUCAGCCCAAAUAAAUGCUUUAUCCCUGAAAAUAUGUGCAGCGCUGCCGGAGGAUCGCUUCCAAGUGAAAUUCCACCAACAGCCACACGGGAGGUGUUGUCUCAAGAGCAGCCAUUCAGGAGGACUGGUCGUAGAGGCUCAUAUUCUGCACUGUGCAACUAUCACAUGACUGGCAAUGUGUCUCCACCUAUGACACUUGAGCCAGGAGUUCGAACACAUCCAUCUGGACACGGACAGAAGGGAACCAGAAUAUCAAAAUGGCGUGUCUGGAGCUUCAGAAAAAAGUAA